CGAUGGUAAUCAUCACAAGUGUAUACCAGAUGCUCGACUUUCGAAGACAUUCGGUUUGUUAUUGUGGGCCAGAUCGGAGGGUGGGGAAGAACGGACGAGAGCUGUUCGUGGAAAGGAUCUUUAGCUAAAGAAUCCUUAGGGCCAAAGACUGUACCCCGAGGGGGUGGACGCCGUGCCUGCGUUUUUCCGCCUGUCUGCCUCUCUGCGCCUUCCGCCGGCUACCAGCCAUACCAAUACCAUACCAACCUACCAGCUGUGCUUUCAGUGUGCGUGAGAGCGAGUGUCGGACUUCGAUAAGAGUGCCCUUAUCUUCUGGUCUCGUGUUGCGUCAGAGAGCUUUCCGGGUCGUCCAGAAGAAAUUGUGGCCGCCGGCCCAGUCCGUGUUGAUAUUCCAUUGUCCGCCUGCACGGCAAUAUCGCGCUUCCAGUCGCAACUAAAAUUGCUCGAACAUAGCCACAGCGCGGCAUACAGAAGCGACUUCUUGUAGCUGUUGCUGCGACGUCCAUAACCGAAAGGCCGACCUCAUCUGUGGACCGGUGCGAAAACGAUGCUGGUGCUGGUGUUAUUAUAUGUGUCGGUGUUGUAAUUUAGAGACGCGUUUAUUUCCAGUGCAUCCGCACCUCUUGUGCGACAGGUAAAGGUCCCAGAGUGAAUCCUAGUCCUUUGAAAUGCUCGCGAAGCUCCUUUUGGGCAUCGCCGUGUGGACGAUAGUCGCUCAAUCCUGUAGCGGCCAAUAUCCAGGAGGACUGAAAAGGAAUCCGACCAGAGCCACAGUUCUGAGGGGUGACCAAAGGCCACCCCCGGACUCCUACGAAGAUGAAGUCGAUUUUCCCGCAAGAUAUUUCCCGAAGAAUCACCCCUGCGAGAAGAGCUCAUGCUAUCCGCAGACGGGAAACUUGUUGAUUGGCCGCGAAAAUCAAUUGUUCGCCUCUUCAACAUGCGGACUCCGUGAACCCGAGCGCUACUGCAUCGUGUCGCAUUUGGAGGAUCCCAAGAAAUGCUUCUGGUGCGAUUCCCAGGCAUCAUCCUAUCCGAGACCAGAGCUCAGCCACAACAUCAGUAAUACCAUUUACAGAUACUAUCCUGGCACGAAGCAAAAGACAUGGUGGCAAUCCGAAAACGGUAAAGAAAAUGUCUACAUCCAGUUGGAUUUGGAAGCGGAAUUCCAUUUUACCCAUAUCAUCAUCACUUUCAAGACGUUCAGACCCGCCGCUAUGUUAAUAGAGCGCUCCUACGACUACAAGAAAACUUGGCAGGUGUACCGGUACUUUGCACAUAACUGCGAGGAAAGUUUCCCAGGAAUUCCUACUGAACAAGCUCACAACCUGACAGACGUUACCUGCGAGUCCAAAUACUCUAACGUCGAACCAUCCACUGACGGUGAAAUCAUCUACAGAGUGUUACUCCCGCACUUCCGCAUCGAUAACCCUUAUUCCCAUGAAGUACAAACCUUGAUGAGAGUCACCAAUCUUAGAAUAAACUUCACUAAGCUGCACACGCUUGGCGACGAUCUGCUGGAUAGACGCAUGGAAAUCCAGGAGAAGUACUACUAUGCAAUUACUGAUAUGGUUGUUAGAGGGUCUUGUUCCUGCUAUGGUCACGCCCAUCGAUGCGUUCCACUGCAAGGACCAUCCCCCAAGGUCGAUAUGGUUCACGGCAGGUGCGAGUGCACGCACAACACCAAAGGAAGGAAUUGCGAGAAAUGCGAAGACUUCUACAACGACCUGCCCUGGGGUCCUGCCGUUGGAAAACAAACGAACACAUGCAAACCGUGCAACUGCAACAAUCACGCCACCAGCUGCCACUUCGAUCCCGCUGCAUACGAAGCUUCUGGUAAAGUAAGCGGUGGUGUCUGCGAUGGAUGCAAACAUAACACCACGGGUCCAAACUGCGAACAGUGCAAAUCGUUUUACUACCGGGAUCCUGCCAAGGAUAUUCAAGACCCUGAAGUUUGUCGACCAUGCGAUUGCGAUCCUCAUGGGUCAUUGGAUAGUGGAAUUUGUGAUUCCACCACCGACCCUAACAACAACUUAAUUGCCGGUGCGUGCCAUUGCAAGACCAAUGUGGAGGGUCGCCGCUGCGACUACUGCAAAGGAGGUUUCUGGAACUUCACGAUGGAAAAUCCGGAUGGCUGCGAAUCUUGUACUUGUAAUACCUGGGGUACCAUCAAUAACCAAGGUUGCAAUGUGUACACAGGCGAAUGCACAUGCAAACGCUAUGUUAUGGGCAGAGACUGUAACCAGUGCAUGCCAGAAUUCUGGGGCUUGUCAGAUAAAAAUGAUGGAUGCGAAGCCUGCGAUUGCGACCCAGGCGGUUCAUUUGAUAAUAAUUGUGACGUUUUGACCGGUCAGUGCAAAUGCAGAGACCAUAUGACAGGCAGAAAUUGUACCAUCCCUAAGCAACAGCAUUUCACCGCCAGCUUAGACUUCUUGUUGUACGAAGCGGAGCUUGCUAAAUCUACGUCGAAUUGUCAAGUGGUGAUCCGCGAACCUUAUAGAGAUGGACGUAAGGACACCUGGACAGGCACCGGAUUUGUCAAGGCAUUCGAAGAUUCCAACAUCAUAUUCGAUAUCAAUAAUAUUAGGCGAUCGAUGAAUUAUGAUGUUUCCAUCAGAUACGAAGCGAUCGAUAACUGGGAAGAUAUUACCAUGAAGAUUUUGAGACCAGAUUUUCCCGAUCCAAAUGGAUACUGCAAAGACGUUUCACCGCAGGACGACAUUUUCCAUAUUAAUUUGAAUGCGAAUAGCCGAAGCCAUCAAGUGUUCCCUGCGAUUUGCUUAGAAGAAGGCUUAGAUUACCAAAUCCAGCUUACAUUCAAGCAUUCAUCAUUCUCAAGAGAAUCGCCGCAAGCAUCAGUUCUGAUAGACGCUAUCGUAUUGGUGCCUAACUUGGAAAGUAUACCAUGGUAUCAUGGAUCGGCACCUGCUGAAGCUAGGAGACGCGACUACGAAAACAACCAAUGCGAUAACUACGACGCCAAGGGUCCUGUAUCUGAAGUAUGCAAACAUCACUACAACAGUAUCGGAGCCUUCAUAUUCAACGGAGCUUUAUCUUGCCAAUGCGACCCAACUGGUUCCGUGAGUAAACUGUGCAGCGAGUAUGGUGGUUUUUGUAACUGCAAACCGAACGUAGUUGGAAGAAGAUGUGACCGUUGCGCUCCUGGAACUUACGGCUUUGGGCCGGAAGGAUGCAUUGCUUGCGAUUGUAAUAGCAUUGGCGCUAUGGAUAACUACUGUAAUGCAACAACAGGUCAAUGCAACUGCAGAAGCAAUACAUAUGGUAGGCAGUGCGAUCAAUGCAGAACCGGAUUCUGGAACUUCCCUAAUUGUCAGAGAUGCGAUUGCAAUGGACACGCGGAUAUUUGCGAUUCAAGAACCGGAGCUUGCGAUAGUUGCAGGGACAACACACAUGGUCACACUUGCGACAGCUGUAUUGAAGGUUUCUAUGGGGAUCCUAGGUUGAGCGCUGAUAUCCCUUGCAGACCGUGCCGUUGUCCAGACAUCGCAGGAUCCGGUCAUUCUUUCGCCGGCAACUGUUCCUUGGAUGUCUACACCACGGAUGUUGUAUGUGAAUGCCAAGAAGGAUACUCAGGACCAAAAUGCGACGUGUGUUCGGACAAUUUCUACGGAAAUCCGGAGGAAGCAGGCGGUUCUUGCCAGCCUUGCGAUUGCAGCAAUAAGAUAGAUCUAUUAAAACCAGGCAACUGUGAUGCAAGAACCGGCCACUGCAAGCAAUGUUUAUAUGAUACCAUAGGCGAGCAUUGCGAGAUCUGCAGGCCGGGGUACUACCGCCAAUAUGAUUCCGAUGUUUGCAUAGUAUGCGAUUGCCAUCCACUCGGCACCAACAGUACAAUCGAGUUCUGCGACCAUAACACUGGUCAAUGUCCUUGCCUUCCGAAUGUCAUCGGCAAGGAAUGCGGCGAAUGCACCCCGAAUCACUGGAAGAUCGCCAGCGGUGUGGGUUGCGAGUCCUGUAACUGCGACCCUAUUGGGUCAUUGGACCCACAAUGCAAUCUGUACGACGGACAAUGUAAUUGCAAACCGAAUUACGGCGGUAGACAAUGUAACGAAUGUAAAGCCAAUUACUGGGGUAAUGCUAAACUAAAUAAGUGUCAAGAAUGUACGUGCGAUAUUCAUGGAUCGGCGACGAUGCAAUGCGACCGCAAGACCGGAGCUUGUGAUUGUCAUCCCGGAAUCGGAGGUUACAAGUGUGAUAGGUGCGCCAAAGGAUACAUAGGAGAUGCUCCAAAUUGCGCACCCUGCGGAGAGUGCUUCGACAAUUGGGAUAGAAUUUUGACUGAACAUAAGAAUAAUACUGAAAUCGAAAUUGAGAGGGCUAAGAACAUUAAGAAGGUUGGCGCGACUGGCGCUUAUACCAAAGAAUUCGAAGAGAUGGAACAUAUGCUGAACGAAGUGGAGAACUUAUUAAACAGCACAGAAACUAUCGAUUUGGAUUCCAUUGACAAGAAAUCGAAGGUUCUAAACCAAAAGAUCAAGGAGAUAAAUGAAGGCAUCCUUCAAGACCUCAGCAGCAAAUUGGCCAUAACUUCUGAAAAGAACAAGGUACACGAGCUCCAAUUACAAAACCUCAACAGUAAAUUGGAAGCAUCGAUGAACCAAACAAGUAUGUUGCUGGCCAAUGGAACGGUAUUACAGGAAGGCAAUGUACAAGGCGCUUUGCACCUGAUCGAACAAGCUAAAGUGAAAGCAGACAGAGCCGUGCAGAAUGCAGAAAGCUCGCACAAGAACAUCACGUAUGCUGAACGCCAAUGCAAAGCUGCUGACAAUUUGAUGAAUAUCACUGAUCAAGAUUACAAUAAGAAGGAGAAGGAGGAUAAACUAGCUUUACAAGAUAUUAGAGAUCAGGUGGAUGAGCUUACCAAGGCUUUACCGGAUAUGAACAAUUUAGUAUGCGACAGACAAGGAUCUCCAUGCGACGCAAUUUGCGGAGGCGCCGGUUGCAAUAUGUGUGGUGAUUCCGUAUCGUGCGAGAAUGGUGCUAAGCAGCAAUCCGAGAUCGCAUUGAUGCUUGCAAAUACCACUGAGAAUAUCCUCAAGAAAACGGAAGCCAAGGCGUACGAAUUCAUAAGGAAUGUAACCCUGGUCAAUACAACAUUGUCGAAGCAAAAUGCCAAACAGGCGUUCGACGCUGCAGAAAAGGCUUACCUAAACUCCAACAAAUCAAUGGUCGAAAUCAAUAAUAACAAAAAGCAAAUUAAGGAAUUUAUGUCGCAGAAUACUUCAUCUCCGAAAGAAUUGGAUACUUUGGCCAAAAACGUGCUGAACCUUAACAUCAACCUAGAGCCUAACAAGAUCAAAACCUUAGCAGAUAAAAUUAAAAAGGCCGUCGACUCACUUACCAACAUCGAGCCGAUCAUAGAAGAAACCAAAGACGAUUUGAAAUUGGUUAAUCAGUUGAAGAGCGACGCCGAUGCCACCAAAUUGAGCGUACAACAAAUUAAGAAUACGACGGUAAGUGUUAAGAAUGCUUUAGAAAACAGCAAGCUGGAACAGAAGAAUGCCGACGACGCCAUAAAGGAUGUGAAUGGAAGCUUAGGAAAAGUCAGGGAACAUUUAACACAGAUUGAAGAGAAGACGAACUACGCGAAUGAGCAGGUGAAUAAAACCGCAAAACAGAUCAACGAUUUGCACGAAAAAAUGGAUUCCCUUCAGUUGAACGUAACAAAAAAUGCUCAAGCCGCUGCGACAUUCAUGCAGGAAUCGAAGAACAUUAAGGUUAAAGUUAAGGAGAGUAGGGAGAAGCUGGAUCUGUUGAACAACAAAUACAACUCGACGAAGAACAGGUUCGAGGAUAAGAUCAAGAAAGCAGAUCUGUCGAGCGAGAAGGCCACAGAACUAGUGAAACGAGCCGUUCAGCUGACGGCGACUGUCACUAAGUGCGAGGAGGACAUCAGGAAGAUCAAGUCUUCACCCGGUCACAACCUGAAGGAAAUGGAGGACAGGAUCGAGCAGUUGAUGAUGGACAUGGAGAAAUACAAUAAGAAAAUUGAACAAAAGUCGGACUAUUUCAAACAAUGCACUUAAAAGAUUAUAAUAUAUCUGUAUAUGUACACCCGAUUAUUUUCUUCUUUUCUUCUACGGUUUAUAUAACUCCUUCUGCAUCUUAAUUUAUUACAACUGUAUAUACUGUCUAUAUAUGUAUUUCCAUGUUAUAACUUAUUCUCAAGUUGCUAUUCCGAAAAAAAAACCGAACGUGUAAAUAAUUUAGGUAUCCUUUCCGUUAACGAAUGUUUAAAUUUUAUAUACUAGCCUAGUUUAAUGUACGCUAAUAUUUUAUAUAGAUGACACUGAUUAAUUACAAGAAAAAAAAUCAAAUGAAACAUUCAUUCAUUCGCGAUUUCGACGUCAAUUUUAACUACUUUCCAGUUACAAAAUUAUCUUAAAAACUUGAUAUAUCAAAACCUCAGUGCUCGGAAGACGUCGAAAUAGUGCAAUCAGUAUGUAAUCUGUUAUUAAAAUGCGAACGAAUCUUUCAUACUAAUACUUUAGCUUUCAUUAAAUCAGAACUGAAAAUUAACUUCUAAUUAUAAGGAAUAUUAAUUCAGAAUGUCAGCAAAUAAGCAAAGCAAUUUGUUCAUAACAUAUUUUUUAAUAACAUAAUUAGAUAAAUCGACCAUUGUUUCAAUUAUCACUUACCU